UCCUCUCCCCGCCCCCCUGGCGGCGGUGGCGGCGGCUGCUGUUGUCACCCACCGGGCCGCCUGUCCCGCUUGCCCUCACUGCCGCGGGACUGGCCAGGCCGGGGACAGGCGGCCACCUUCUCAUCACCGCCGCCACCACCGCCAUGCUGGCCGUUCGCCCACCGCACUGGGGGCCCCAUCGCUCCCCAGCCCCCCGUGGGCCCAGCGCCAGCCCUGACCCGGGUCUCAGCGGCGGUGGCAGCCGAGGUGCAGGAUGCGAGAAGGCGCCCCCCGGCCGGGCUCCCGCUCCAGGCCUCACACCCCUGCGGCCCUCUGAGCCCACCAUGGCCGUCCCACCAGGCCAUGGUCCCUUCUCUGGCUUUCCGGGGCCCCAGGAACACACACAGGUAUUGCCUGAUGUGCGGCUACUGCCUCGGAGACUACCCCUGGCCUUCCGGGACGCAGCCUCAGCCCCACUGCGCAAGCUCUCAGUGGACCUCAUCAAGACCUACAAGCACAUCAAUGAGGUAUACUAUGCGAAGAAGAAGCGGAGGGCCCAACAGGCGCCACCCCAGGACUCGAGCACCAAAAAGGAGAAGAAGGUCCUGAACCACGGCUACGACGACGACAACCACGACUACAUUGUGCGCAGUGGCGAGCGCUGGCUGGAGCGCUAUGAGAUUGACUCUCUGAUUGGCAAAGGCUCCUUUGGCCAGGUGGUGAAAGCCUAUGACCACCAGACCCAGGAGCUGGUGGCCAUCAAGAUCAUCAAGAACAAAAAGGCCUUCCUGAACCAGGCACAGAUUGAGCUGCGGCUGCUGGAGCUGAUGAACCAGCAUGACACAGAAAUGAAGUACUACAUAGUGCACCUGAAGCGGCACUUCAUGUUCCGGAAUCAUCUGUGCCUGGUGUUUGAGCUGCUGUCCUACAACCUGUACGACCUCCUGCGCAACACACACUUCCGAGGUGUCUCACUGAACCUGACUCGGAAGCUGGCGCAGCAGCUCUGCACAGCGCUGCUCUUUCUGGCCACACCUGAGCUCAGCAUCAUCCACUGCGACCUCAAGCCUGAGAACAUCCUGCUGUGCAAUCCUAAGCGCAGUGCCAUCAAGAUUGUGGACUUUGGCAGCUCCUGCCAGCUUGGCCAGCGGAUCUACCAGUAUAUCCAGAGCCGCUUCUACCGCUCACCCGAGGUGCUCCUGGGCACACCCUAUGACCUGGCCAUCGACAUGUGGUCCCUGGGCUGCAUCCUUGUGGAGAUGCACACCGGAGAACCCCUCUUCAGUGGCUCCAAUGAGGUGGACCAGAUGAGCAGAAUUGUCGAGGUGCUUGGCAUCCCGCCUGCACCCAUGCUGGAACAGGCACCCAAGGCUCGCAAGUACUUUGAGCGGCUGCCUGGGGGUGGCUGGACCCUGCGAAGGACAAAGGAACUCAGGAAGGAUUACCAGGGCCCCGGGACACGGCGGCUGCAGGAGGUGCUGGGCGUGCAGACGGGCGGGCCCGGGGGCCGGCGGGCGGGGGAGCCGGGCCACAGCCCCGCCGACUACCUCCGCUUCCAGGACCUGGUGCUGCGCAUGCUGGAAUAUGAGCCCGCCGCCCGCAUCAGCCCGCUGGGCGCUCUGCAGCACGGCUUCUUCCGCCGCACGGCCGACGAGGCCACCAACACGGGCCCGGCGGGCAGCAGUGCCUCCACCUCGCCGGCGGGCCUCGACACCUGCCCCUCCUCUAGCACCGCCAGCUCCAUCUCCAGCUCUGGAGGCUCCAGUGGCUCCUCCAGUGACAACAGGGCCUACCGCUACCGAUAUUGUGGGGGGCCUGGGCCCCCCAUCACCGACUGUGAGAUGAACAGCCCCCAGGUUAUACCCUCCCAGCCUCUGCACCCCUGGGCAGGGGGUGAUGUGCCCCACAAGACACAUCCAGCCCCUACCUCUGCCUCGACAUUGCCAGGGACUGGGGCCCAGUUACCCCCCCAACCCCGAUGCCUUGGACGUCCCCCAUCACCAACAUCACCACCACCCCCGGAGCUGAUGGAUGUGAGCCUGUCAGGCAGCCCUCCAGAAUGCUCUCCACCUCAUCCAGCACCUGCCCCCCAGCACCCGGCUGCCUCAGCCCUCCGGACUCGGAUGACGGGAGGUCGACCACCUCUCCCACCCCCUGAUGACCCUGCCACUCUGGGGCCUCGCCUGGGCCUCCAUGGCGUACCCCAGAGCACAGCAGCCAGCUCAUGACCCUGCCCCCUCCCUGGGGCCCCUCCUGAAGCCAUACCCCCCCAUCUGGGGGCCCUGGGCUCCCAUCCUCAUCUCUCCCCUUGACUGGACUUGCUGCUACCCAGCUGGGGUGGGUGAGGCCUGCACUGAUUGGGGCCCAGGGCAGGGGGUCAAGGGAGAGGGGUUUUGGCCGCACCCUCCCCACUAAGACUGGACCCUUGGCCCCCUCUCCCCCCUUGUUUUCUAUUUAUUGUACCAAAGACAGUGGUGGUCCGGUAGAGGGGAGAUUGCCCCUCACCCUAGGGCCCUAGGAGGGGGUGGGGGCAGGUAGGGGGAGAUGGCCUUGCUCCUCCUUGCUGUACCCCCCAGUAAAGAGCUUUCUCACAUGCCUGCCUGAGCGUUUGCAGGGCCUUGGCUCCCUCUCCUGACCCUCAGAGGCAUGGUGGGGAAGGUUGUGUGGGAAAGGGUGCUUUGUGGCGUGGGUAUAUCCCUCCUGGGGACAUCAUACUUGGUGCAGGCACUGGGCAGCGGGAAGUUGGCGGGCUGUAGAACCAUAGACACAUCCUGGAUACAACGAUCCUGGCCCACAUUUGCCUUUUCCAGGAUAAAAGGCCGCUUUCUGGCCUAUUGCUGGAAAUAGUAACGUCCUGCACUCGUCUGUCAGGGCUCUCAUAGAGUCCACCAAGGAGUGGCUUUUUGUGUCAGGCAGGCACCCAGUAGGCUCUGGGUGUACUCCACGGGCCUUCCUUGGUACUAUCCAGACAGGCCUUGGGGACAGAUUUUGCCCCCCCUGUGUCCUGCCCCAUUCUGGAGUCAUUGCAGAAUAUUGAGAUUCUCGGGCAAAAAGACGCUCCCUGACUUUCAGGUAAGUGGAUUUUGUUUCAUGGCAAUUUGGAACCAGCUGUCUCCCAGUCAGUCUUGGAAGAACCACCUGGUUCAAACUGUUUAGCACUCACAACGGGCGGGCGCGGUGACUCCUGGGAGAUGGAGUUCUGCUAGGCUAGCUCUUUGCUCACUUUUCUUGGGGAACUACAAAACCCAGCAGUCUCUGCUCACGUGGCUGGGGCCUAGUGUUCGCUGAGCUUUCGGCAUUAGGGCCCGGAUGUUGGCGGAUCAGGAGAACGGGUAGUGAUUGGAUAGUGUGCAGGGGCGGGGCGGGGGUGGUGGUGCUGGAAGUUGUCAAUCCACUUUGCAGGGCCUGGGCGGGGCAAUGGAGGGCACACGCAGAAGCCGCGGUGAGCAAGGUCCUGGUCGCUUGUGGGUCACUGGUGAUAGUGAUCUUUUUGAGAAUGCCGGUUAAGAUUUAUUGGGGGUCUUUGGUUAUGUAGAGAGCUGGACUUUUUCGAAUGGGCUGAGGCACAAUGAGAGGAAGGUGUACAGCCCAGUUUUUCUGAAACAUGAUUAGUAGGCUGCAGUAAAAGACUCGGGUCUGGCGGCUUGUGGCAGGCCCUUAGGCAAGAGCUGUCUGUGGUGUAACCGGGCAGGGGCUGUGCUGAGGAGGCCAGGGAAGGACAGGUGAACUUUCUAGAAGAUUGCGUUGACAGGCUGAGUAGAAGGAUGAGAUAGAGAGGGCCCGGAAAGGGAGGUCUCCUGCCCCAUUAAUAGUCUCGGUUUGGUUUGUUUGUGUGUGUGUGUUUGUGGUGCGUGAUGGUACCCAAGGAACCCCAGAUGCUAGGCAAGUGUUCUACACACCCAGCCUCCCAGUAAAAGACUUUGACUGAACAGUCCUAGAAGACAAACUGCGGUGACCUCUCCGAGUUUAGGCCUAGUGAGGGCAGAUGGAAGUUAAGUUACUUCUUGUCUAGGGUCACACGACUAGGAGAUAGGCUCAGGUUGGGGUGUGUGUGUGUGUGUGUGUGUGUGUGUGUGUGUGUGUGUGUGUGUACCAGUCCAAAUUAAUUUAGCAAAGUGUAUUUGAGCCUGGAGGCCUCAGCAGGACCAAAUCAUGUAGGCCCUGUGAGGAAUGUAGAAUGGGUGUGGGAUGCCAUUUCUGUUUGUAGUUGAGAACUGCUCCAGGCUGGCUGACUACCUGAUACCUCCUUGGGUGUCUCCAGGGAGGGUACUCAGAGUUCACACUGGUGAACGUCCAUGACAUCUUCAUUGGUCUUCCUGCCUUCAUCGUUCCCCAUGUAACCAAAGAAACUCUGAGCACCUACUGUCCCUCCCUGCUGAGAAGCCUCCUAGAUGCCAUCUCACUCAGGGUGAAAGCCCAAUCCUUUCAUGACCUGCGGGCCCUUCAUCACCCGCCUCUGCUCCAGCCACACUAGCUAGCCUCAGGACCGUGGUGUGUGGUGUUCUCUUUGCCUGCAUCAUUUAUCUCUAGACAGCACAGCCUGGCCACUCUUCGGAAUCAUCUUUCUGACGGCCCUAUCCAUUUUCCUUAAGUUUUCCCUUGGGUCAGGCAUAUUGCUGGCACACGCUUAAAAUGUAUCUUGUCACCAACCGCCUCCCCUCCAGGAGCCCUUGAACUCCUUGGAAGCAAGCUUUUGGGUCACUUUAUGCUUUUUCUCCCACACAGAAGAAUAUGUGGCACCAGCAGGGCGUAGAUCUAGACUCCACUCAUCCCCUUCUGUACAGCUGAAUCUUUCUGAGAGCUCAAGGCAGUCAGCAGGGAUUUUGCUUCUGCAGUAUACAAUGUGGAAACAACAGAGGAGAAAGGGUGUGUCUCUGCCAUGAAAGAACUCAGAUAGCACAGCUAUGGGAAGUGACCAGAAUCAAGAGCAUCGAAGGAAAACUUGAUAGGUGCUUUUGGCUCCAAGUAAGAGAUUCCAGCCCAUGGGGUUGGCAUCGGCUCCAUCCAGAAAAGUAUGUAUGUGAUGAUUGACACCCAGAGGCUGAGGUCAUACCUUGUCCUUCUCAGGAGGACCGUGAGUCCCCACUGUCUGUGUACAGAGAGUUGCAGGAGAAUUUAAACAGCAGGACAGAAAGCAAGGUUAGCUGUGUUGGGAUUCUGUUUGUUUUGUUUUAGAUUUAUUUAUUUUAUGUGUAUGAGUAUUUUGCCUCUAGGUAUGUCUGAACCGUGAGCAUGUCUGGUGCUAAAGAGGGCAUUGGAUUCCCUGAAACUGGAGUUAGGGAUAGUUGUGGACCACUGUGUGGAUGCUAGGAACUGAACCCGGGUCCUGUGGGAGAGCAGCAAGUGCUCUUAACCACUGAGCCAACUCUCUAGGCCCAGCUGUAUAUUUAAAAGGUUCCAGACAGGUGUUACCAUGGCUACACUUAAAGAUAGCCUUCAUUCUGCUGUCUAUACUUGAGAUGGGGAAGUCUCCUUCCUCUUGAGUAAUGACUGGGCCAGUAACUUGAGCCCAGUGGCCUUCACGGGUCUGUCAGCUUCUCUGUUCACCCUGGUACCCUGACCAUCUUUAGAGAGAGUCUUUGCCGCACCUACUGCAGCUGGGCCAGAUUUGUGCAUGACCUCAUGGACCUUCUGACCCAACUGGCACUACCCUGGAACAGACUUGAGUCCUCCUCAGGCCACACUCCCUGAACCUUUUUCAUAUUCCAGAAUCAUGAAAUAAACAAUUGGAAUUUUAUGACACUGUUUUAGGAUGAUUUGCUACUAGCAAUAGCUAACUGAGGUAAAGCAGUGUUUUCCUUUUUUUUUGGGG